UAAAAAACAAAAGCGCUAAAAGUAAAAACGUUUGUAAAGCAAAAAAACCGUUGAAAGUAUAAAUAAAUUUUGAAAAGUUGCCAAUAAUAUAAAAAAAUUUUAAUUGAAUGAAAUUUUAAAUACAAUAAAUAAAACGUGUUUAAAAAUAAAUGUUAUCAUGCAUUAUCCUCCCAAAUUAGUGCCACCUCUAUAUUUGAGUCUAACAAUAUGCCUCAUCACCCUACCCUGGCUGAUUACCUCACUACCCACAGUGGCCCACAGUUUACAGGGAAACUUACUACAAAAUUUGGAUAAAUCUUUCUUUCAACCUCCGGCUUUAGAAGAAACCAUACAUGAAGUGCAAAGGAUAUUGAAUCAGGAUCCCUCUCUACCAAAAUUGACCAGAGGUGAAAUAGAAGAACUUUACGAAAAGGUUACCAGAGAAGAAUAUGAGAAAAGUGUUAAGGCUGGUGAUAAAGUUAGAGCCGAUAGUAUGAGAGCUUUAAUGCUGGUACUGCCCUAUAAUACUGAUAACAACACCGAGGAAAAUUUGCAGGAACUUUUCACCCGUCCCCCGGUUACCAAGGUUGUAGAUUCCUAUAGCUCUCAUCUACCCAUACAAUUUCUAACACCCUCUAUGAACAAUGAGGGGAAAUUUGUUUCCAAAGUGGUAGGUCAAAUGGAUGCUACCACUUAUAAGCCUUUAUAUCCUAUGAAAACCAGAACUAUGCCGCUUAAUCCCACCACUUAUCAUCCCUCUAAUCCUCCCUCUAUAUUGUAUCGCAUGACUCCCACAGUUAAUGAGGCCAACUAUGUACCCUUUAAACCCAUAAUGUCAGAUUUGCCUCAGAAUUAUGAAUACCAACAAAAGCCAGUGCAACGUUUUAGCAGCCAUUACAGUGCCAAAAAUGCCGAGUUCCUCAAAGUGGGCACCACGGAGAAAAAGAAACAUCAUCAUACCUCACGUUCCACCAGCAAGCCGGUGGCAGAUGUUUUGGAAAGUCUGGGCAUAGUGAUGGGUAAUACCCAAACUAGAAGCCGCUUUGGUGUGGAAGAUUACUAUGCAGCCGAAAGUGCUCCUCAGCCUUCUGUAGUAAGUGUGGCUGAUUUGAAAGGUUUGGGUCCUCAAAUCCGACCAGAUGCCUAUUCCAUGUUUAAGCCUUUGAAUAUAGGCGAGGAAAUACGUGCCAAACCCGAGGUGGAGGGUUAUUUGACCAGAUUUGGCAUAGUGGGUGGCAGGAAACGCAAGGCUUUUAAGAAAACUGAAGCCUCUUCAACUCAGAAUAGCUUAGAGCCUCUAAGUCAAGAAAGUGAAAUAGCUACAGCCAAAAUACCCUCCAGUCAUAUCAAGGCCAAGAAGGGAGCCCCUAGUUUGGGUAACACAGAGUUGGAAAAAUUGUUGGAAAAUCUCAAGGAACUAGAGAGAUUGAAUGUAAAUUCUCCCGCAUUGGCCACCACUACUAGACCAACCACAACCUCCACUACCACCACAACAACGACAACUACCACUACACCCCGACCACCCACUACUACGUCUGCUUCCUUGAUCACAAAUGGAGAACCCAUGCUGGUGGAGCCUAAAAAACCUAGAAGACGUAUAGAUCCCAAUAUUGAUAUCAAUUUUGCCAAUCUGGGCAAUCAUCAAACAGAACCCAGCCAAACAGAUGAGCUAUCCAAACUAUUGGAAAAUUUGCAGGAAUUAGAAAAAUUAAAAGGAAAUCCUGAAAAAUCUAUAAAACCCACGGCAGCCGUAAAUAGAGGGGCCAAUACAGCAGCUUCUAGAAAUGUAGCAGUGGAAACACCGGCUCCCAUACAUGCCUCAUCCUUAAGUAAUCGUUUUACGGCAGGACAAGCUUUGACACCCCAACAGCAAUUGUUAUUAUUCCAACAGCAGGCCCAAUCGGGAUCUACAACCCCAGAUUUGGAGCAACUACAAAAAGUGUUGCAGCAAUUGCAAGUUUAUGAGAAAAAUAAUGCCAGAACCACCACUUCAACAUCCACUACCACCAAGAGACCGGUUAAUGUGCAGGCUCAAGUUGGACCCACCGACUUCUGGCAAUUACGCAAACUACUAACCGAUGACAGUGAAUUGGAGAAACUAUUCGAACAAGCCAAGGCUAGACAGCAGCAAUCUAUGAAACCCAAACCCAGCCCCACAACCUCUACUACUACAACCUCAACCACCACAACAACCAAAAAACCCACAACCUCUGUAACAGAUCUAAUACAAUUGCAAAGAUAUCUGGCUGAAUUAGAAAAGGCCACCUCAAGAGCCACCACUACAGCUAGACCCACCACCACCACCAGUUCUACUACCACCACUACAACAACCACAACAACUACUACACCCAGGCCCCCAGUUAUACCACAAUAUGCCAACCUAGAUUACGAAGCCAGACCCAAGAAACUCACCAUGGAACAUAGUGAUAUACAAGCGCUCAUUAAUCGAGUACAACAACUAGAACGUUUGAACUCUCAACAAAAAGAUUUAGAAAAGGCCAGGCCUACUGAUACUCCCUUGUCGCCUUUCCUAGGAUUCACCACACGCAAUGUUAAAGCUCCUUCCGAAAAGCAACAGCCACAAGAUUAUCGAUUACCUGUCAAUGAUUUUGCCAACUUGAGAACUUUGUACAAGCAGGUGGAAGAUGCGGAAAAAUUUGCUCAUAGUGACAUAGAAAUAUCCACCAAAGCUACAGCAGUUAAGGCCUAUCAGGAGCAGCAACUGGAAACAGCCACCCGUAAGGCUCAGAACUUUGCCCAACGUAUUAUAGACAUUACCAAUGAUACGGGUUCCGGCAGCAGUUUGCAGGAAGUAGAUCCCAAUGAUUUUGUGCAACUACAAAAACUGUUAAGUAAAGUCCAAGAACUGGAAAGAGUGCGCAUUAAUGUGCCCACCGCAAAUCCUAGACAUAACUACAACCAGGGCACCACAAAACCAACAAAUUUAGAUGCAGCCGCCUCACAAAGAACCCAAAAUGUGCAAAAUGUAAAUGGAGCCCAUAUAGUGUAUCCCUCCAAGGUUAAUACCUACAAAGAAAUGGAGGAGAUGCUGCUAAAGGAAGUGGAAAAAGAGGAUUUGAAAUUGGAUUUGCCGGCCUACCAGCAGACCACUGAGAGAACUUUUACCAAUCAAAUGAAAUCUAAAGAUUUAACUUCUUCGGAAGAAUUAAAAGAUUUGGUUUAUGCUGAACCCUCAGCGCAAGGAGAGGCCUAUAAGAAUCUUCAACCUCCCAUGAUAUACAAAACUGUCACUAAAGAACCUCCACGAUUUGUGGCCACCAAAAGUCCCAAGGAAGUUAAACAGCCAACUAAAUCCAGUGCAGAUUUAGAGGAAAUACAAAAAUUACUCAAUAAUGCCCAGGAACUAAAGAAACUGGGAGUGUCCCUGCCCAAGGAAUUAACCAAACAGCUGGAAACAAAAUUCACAGAAGCUGAAGAUGGUUAUACAGGCUUUAAGAAACUACCGCCUGCGGACAAUAUAAAAACUGCUAAAAAAGAGGCAGCUGGUAUAGAAGAAUAUCUGCAAAGAUUUGGUUUGUCCAAUAAUGAAAAUGUACCCCGUCCAACUGAAAGUAGUGUGGUAUUUACACCCACCACUGCCUCCUCGGAAGAAGAGGAACUUAGUGAAAGAACAGCGGUAUUUUCAUUAACCACCAUGAAAUCUUUAACACCACGGCCACCCAAAACCACCACAGCCAGCUCAGUGGAAUUGCCGAUAUUCAGUGCCACCAAGAUCAUUGAAGCAGCCAUUAAAAGAGCAGCCAAUAGAAUAGGAGUUUCUACUGAGGGUCCCAAAGGUUUUCAACGACGAGAGGAGGUUAAUGUUGAUGAAACUCAAGAGGAUAUGAUGCUGGGUGUAGAUAGUGAUUCCGAUUUAAUGACGGAUUUCAGUGAGAUCAACUAUCAAUUGGCUUUGCCGGAUGAUCAACCCAUAAAGGAUCUUAGGGGUGCUUACAGUGAAAUGAAUUAUCAAGUAGCUUUGCCAGAAACUAAAGGGAAAGUGGAGGAACCUUUACCGGAUCUAACAGCAAAUGUGGAUGAAUUACAAAGACUUAUUAAAAAUCUACAAGAGUUAAAGAAUCUUAACCUUAGUCCCGAUGAUAAGGCUCUACUAAGGCAAGCCGAUCUUAAGUAUUUGGAGAACUUGAAAAAACAACAAACAGCAGCCGAUGAUACCAUCAAAACUAGAAGACAAAGUGGCAAGCCUACCGAGGGAACCACUACGAAUACAGAUGCCAGCACGGAAAUUAGCACUACCAGCACCACAGAAUCCUCUAGAAUUCAAUUAAAUUUGAAUUUAGAUGAUAGUGAUACAGACAAUGGCAAUAACAGUGAUGCAGCCGCCACUAGCACCACAACCGAAGAGUCACGCAAUGGUUCCUUGUCAGAUUUGGAAGAUUCCUUUGGACCCAAUCCCAUAACCGAAUCUCCACCACCUCCAAAAAAGAAAAAUGGUUUCUAUUUCUUGGCCGAUUGGAAUUCCUUCCUGGAAGUGGGUGAUGGUGACGAUCAGGUAGUGGUGCGUUUAAGUCCAAAAAUAGGAGAUCCUAGACUAUUUCUGCCCGUCAAAAUUCCUUAAGCUUUAGACAGUAACUAAUGUAACUUAACUAAUUGAUAAGCACUUGUAAAUAUUUGAGCAAUUUUCUUCUUUUUAAGUUAAUUUAAGCAGCCCUUUGAAAACUUACACUCUUUGGCUUUGCGAAAGAGUUUCCGUUUAAGGUCUGCUUUUGGAAAUCUAGUGGAAUUUUUUUUGUUGUUGCAGUUAUUAGUUCGAUAAUUAUACUAUUUAUUAUAAAAAAAACAUUAAAGAAAAGAAUUUUUCAAAAAUAAACAAAAUAUGGACUAAGGAGUAAGAAGUUUUAGCAAUAACCGCAUUAAAAAAAAGUCAAAUACACUCACACAAAAACUAGUUUUUAAGUUUGAUAAACGAAAUGAAAUAAACAUUUUAUUUUUUACAUAACAAUAAAUAAACAA